AUGGAUCAGUUUAAUCAAAAUCAAAACGACAUUGAAAAUGUAAUCAAAAGCAAAAGUGCUAAAGAUUGCAUUGAUGGAUUACCACCUUUAUCUAUGGGUGGUGCUUUUAUACCAGCCCAGUUAUCAGAAGUACUUGAUAAUAAAAUAAAACCAUUUUCGGGUAUGACCGAAAUCCAUGCACAGUAUUAUGCAAUUGUAUCAGGCCUUGCCAGUUUUGAUUACAACAAACUAAAUGAACAGAAUUACUGGUACCUCUGGAAAUUACUUUUGUACAUUGAGUAUCAUCAGUACCUCAAGGACAUGCAAAAAUAUUCUUUAUUUAAUCAAAGACUGGAACGUUCACAGAAAAGGCCAGAUGAAUUUUUAGUUGCAGUACCAGGAUUACUGGAGGAUCGUCCUUCAUUAAAAGAAUUUGAUCAGAUUGAUCUUAUGCAAGCAAAUGGAAAAAAUCAUUGCGUUGGUAUCGUGACUCAUGUUGGCCAAGAUUAUGUAAGUGUCGAUGUACCACUGGCAUUUCGUAAUACUUAUAAACAAGAUCAGAUAUUUAAUAUUGUAUUCCGUAUUGAUGACUGGACAGCUAAAUGUUGGAAUUAUAUUCUUGAUACAGUUGAUAAGGAAAAUAUCACUUCGAUGUUAUUUCCAACUUCACAAUCGUCUAGUUAUGUUAUCGGUGAUAAGAAAAAAAUCGAGUGGAUCAACAAGAAUAUAGAGACAAAUCCCGAACAGCAGCAAGCAGUUUUGAACAUUCUCAACAAGACAUCUCAUACUGCGCCUUAUAUUCUUUUUGGACCACCAGGUACUGGAAAAACUUCAACAUUAGUCGAGACAAUUUGUCAGAUAAUGAGAAAAAAUUCAUCAACUAAAAUUUUAAUUUGUACGCCUUCAAAUGCCGCAGCUGAUGAAAUUGCAGAGAGACUUCUCAAAAAUCUAGGAUUUGUUGAAGAUGAUUUUAUGUAUCGUAUGUACAGUUCAUCUCGAAGCAGCGAUGAUGUAAAGCAAGAAUUAAAAUCAUUUUCUAACUUUGCCGAUCGUAAAACUGUUUUCGUUAACAAAGAAGUCUUUAUGACCAAAAAAAUAGUCAUAACAACUUUAGCAACUUGUAUUCGUCUUCACGGAUACAAAUUACGUGAGAAUUAUUUUUCAUAUUUGUUCAUUGAUGAAGCAGGACAAGCAACAGAGAUUGAUACAUUAAUUCCUAUGGUGUUAAUGUGUGGAAAAGAUUCAACAAAUUCAAGUAAAUUUAGCGGACAAGUUGUAAUUGCUGGAGAUCCUAAACAAUUGGGUCCCACAGUUCAAUCCCGAGUCGCUGAACCUCUUCUAGGUAAAAGCAUGUUGGAGCGUUUAAUGGGUUGGUCUUUGUACGCUAAACAAAAUAAUAAAUACAACCCACGUUAUGUAACCAAAUUAGUUCAAAAUUACCGUUGUCAUGAAGCGAUCUUGAGCGUGCCUAAUGAUUUAUUCUAUGAGGGUGAAUUGGUCGCUAUGGGUGGUGAGCAUACAACUCGAGCUGUUAAUUGGCCAAUGCUACCGAGAAAUAAUUUCCCAGUGAUCUUUCAUGCGAUCAAAGGUAAAGAGGGUCGUAAAAAAUACUCUCCCAGUGUUUACAAUGAUAAUGAAAUCGGUCAAGUUAUUUAUUAUGUAAAAAAAUUAUUGCAUAAAAAAUUAGGUAGUAAAAUUGUUAUGCCUGAAGAUAUUGGAAUUGUUACUCCUUAUAAAUUACAGAGAAGUAUAAUGCACAAAGCUCUUGAAUAUCAUAAUUUAAAUAAUAUUUCUGUUGGGACGGUGGAAGUUUUUCAAGGUCAAGAAAAGGACAUUAUUAUUAUUUCAACAGUGCGGUCAGUUAUUUACAAAACCGAAGAAAAUACAUUUCACAUCGGGUUUUUGUCUAAUCCUAAAAGAUUUAAUGUAGCAUUAACGCGUGCCAAAUCGUUGCUUAUUGUUAUAGGGCACCCUGAUAUUUUGCAACAAGAUUAUUGUUGGAGAGCAUUUGUUAAAUACUGUGUCAAGAAUAAUGCUUGUAACGGUGAGUAUUUUACACUUGAUCAAUCACUUGAUAAUUUGGACAUUCGUCAAAUUACUGAAAGAAAAUUGAGUAAGGAACUGAUGAAAAAUGGACGGAAAAAAAUUGUUGAAGACGAUGAAAUUUUAAAAGAUCAAGAAAUUGACUUCAAAGAUUUACCUCGUCGUAGACGCGUACCAAGUGGUCCCUUAUCUUUUAAUGAACGCUACUCUUCAAAUAAAAUUCAAGAAAUACUUUCAAGUUUUGAUAAUGGGUACCAUCGACAACUUCAAGUGGAUAAUUUUGAUGCUUUUUCCGACGGAUCAGAUGCAUCAGAGGGUUCAGUUGAAGAAGAUGAAGAAAUAAAUGAUCCAGAAGAACAGUUCGAUGAAAACAGUCGUAUGGCCAAAGAGUUCUUUGCUAGUUACUUGAAAAAAUUGACCAUUGAGGAAGAAAAGUAUGAAGAAGAAAUGAAACUUAAAAUCAAGAUGAAAGAAUUAGAGAUUAGUGAUUGA